AUGGCACCAGUAGUACCCGACCCGCCUUUCGGCGCACUCUUACCCUUGUACGUCGGCAGCUACGAACACAAGCCCUCGAAUGUUCGCGUCAAGAUCAGUGUUGUGAACAGUAAGCUCCAGAUCGAGGAUCUCGAUCUUCAAGACCAAAAGUAUGAGAUUAAACUCCACGAACGAACCGCAACAAAUAGUUACCCAUCCGAAUUCGUAUCUACAGGCACUGUAACACCAGCCGCCCCCCGAGAUCGUUCGAGGAGAACAUUGAGCCAAGAGCCCGCCGGCCGGCACAUCAGCUUCUUCCUCAAAGGCAACACCGUUGAAAGGUUGGUCUGGAAGAAGGAUGGGAUAGAAUUUGCAACGCAAUUCCAAAGGAUGAGCACACUCCUCAGUCUGCCAGAAGAACUCCGCAGUCAAAUUUUCGAAUUGGCGUUGACGGACGAUAGUGGUGAGAUACACAUGCGAGAAGAACAGGGUCACCUCCGCCUAGCCAUCUGCAAUAAUGUACCAUACGCAGACGCGCGAAACGGCUUUGCUAACUACGGGGAUGUGCGAAGUCUUCCAAAGGCCUUCAAUGCCUUACAGUACACCUCCAGGGAGCUAUUCGCACUCACGCGCGGCCUGGAGUUGCGCUUGAACCACCUCAAAGUCAACGGGUGGACUUUCGACACCUUCCGACGCCUCGAACAUCUUCGUCCCACUCCUUCAUGGUUCUGGACCGGACCAAACUGGUUCGACAAUGUGCGCAACGUUACCCUCGUCGGCGAUUUCAAGGUCGGCAAGACUGCGGACGAGAACAUCCUUCAUGGCAAGACGCUGCCCGCCUUCGUCAUGUUGGUGUGGCUGAUUCGAGAAGCUGUUCGAGGCAUUGUGAAGACGGGCUGGAAAGCACAGGGGGACAAGAAGAACAUCUCCAAGUGGCGCUGGGGGAAAUCAGUGGAUUGGAUGAACGUACAAAACGUACGCUUCAUACCCUCUGAUGACUAUGACGAGGCUGAGCUGAGGAAGCGGACCUCGAAGUACAAGAAGAACAAGAAGACUAAGAAGAAUAAGAAGGCUUCAGGACAGGCGAACGCACCGAAGGAAGAGGGCGUGGUCGGGAUGUUGGUGCAAGAACUUGGAGGCGUCGACGAAUUCUUGGAGUACGUCAAGAACAUCUACAAAGGCUUCUAA